UGUAGCGAAUAUUUCUGAGACAAAUAUUUUUUUUUAAUUGGAUUGCUAUUUUGUUAUAAAAAAUGGAGGCAAUGUUAUCGACACAGGAAGAAUUUUACAAACAACUGUUGAAAUCAGAAGCUAAUUUUAAGAAGUCGCCCAGAGACCGAAUUAAGGAAGCAUAUUUAGAGACAAGAUUAGAAAAUGUAGAGCAACUAUGGAAUGACUUCAGACAAGGCCAUAAGGAAAUCGUAGCAAAAAUUGAUAAGGUGCAAAAGGAAAAGGAAAGCUAUUUUACAUCCGAGAAAUAUGAUUUAUUUUAUGAAACUUAUGUCAAUUAUAAAAGUAUUCUAAAAGAAACACUUGCUUUAAUUCUCGCUAAAAAGAAAACAGCUAGUGAUGCAGAAAAUAGCUCCGCGCCCACGAAUCCAAACAUUUACGAAGUUAAAUUGCCCAGAAUUCAAUUGCCAACGUUUACCGGCAAAUACAAUGAAUGGCAAACUUUCUAUGAUAUGUUUGUGUCUUUAAUUCAUAAUAAUAAAAGUUUGUCGGACGUGCAAAAACUUCACUAUUUAAAAGGAAGUCUUUCUGGAGAGCCUGAAGCGUUGAUUAGAAAUUUUGCUACAACUGAGUUAAAUUAUACAGAAGCCUGGAAACAGUUAACAAAAAGAUAUGAUAAUAAAAGAUACAAUUGUAACGCGAUUUUAAAAACCUUUUUCUCACAAAAAAUCCUUACAUAAUGAGUCACCGGCUGGCAUUAAAUCGUUGUUAGACACAACAAGUUCCUGCUUGAAGGGUCUUAGUAAUUUAGGCGUCGACGUGAGUACGUGGGAUAUUAUUGUAGUGUAUUUUGUGGUUUCGAAGCUAGAUGUGGAAUCUCGUAAGCAAUGGGAAAAUUUACAAAGUCGUGUUACAGAUGAACUACCAUCAUGGUUGAAACUUGUUGAAUUUUU